AUGUCGCAGCAAUCGGGACCGAUGGACGAGUAUCUGUCCACCCCACAAUGUAUGGCCGGCACACGAGGCCCAGACAAAAUGGCGCCUGGAUCGCCAGGAACACUUAGCAGAUCGAGCUCCACACAAGACUCCCCACGGAGAGACGCCCUCAUUCAGAUGUCAGCUGAACUUGCGGCAAUCUCGGCAAAUAUGUUUUCCAGGCAAGACAAGAAAGAGCUGGUGGCAGAACUCCGCGCGUCUAUCCGGGAGGAGGUGGCUGCUGUGCGGCGUGACCUCACCGCCCUAGAACACCGGGUGGGAGACCUAGAGGUCCAACAGCUGCAGUCAGAACAAUCCCAACGGGCCACAGAUCUGGCUACCACGCGGCAGGGCAACCUCCUCCUGGAGCUCAGACGCUAG